GUUCCCUGUGACGUCUGUACUGGGACCCAGCAGAAGGCUGUGAAGUCCUGCCUAGUGUGUUUUAUGUCUUUCUGCCAAACCCACCUGGAGCCACAUCAGAGAGUCGCAGUCCUGAAGAAACAUCGGCUGGUCGAGCCUAUGGACCGUCUGGAAGACAGGAUGUGUAAGAAACACAACCGACUUCUGGAGCUCUUCUGCCAGACUGAAGAGGUGUGUGUGUGUCUGUUGUGCACAGAGACAGACCACAAGUCCCAUCCUGUUGUACCUCUGAAGGAGGAAUAUGAAGUGAAGAAGGCCCAACUGGGGAAGAUAGAGGCUGACGUUCCACAGAUGAUCCAGGAGAGGAAACAAAAGAUUAAGGAGGUCAAAGACAGAGUAGAACUGAGUAACAAAGUUGCAGACAGAGAGAUAGCCAUUGGUAGGCAGGUCUUCACUGCUCUGAUAGGCUGUGUUGAAAAGUGCCGGGAUGAAUUCAACCAAACGGUUGAAGAGGAACUGAAAUCCACAGAGAAACAAGCUGAAGACCUCAUCAAAGAGCUGGAGCAGGAAAUAGAAGAUCUGACCAAUAGAUGCUUGGAGGUGAAGCAGCUCUCACACACUAAAGACCACCUCCACUUCCUCCAGACCUUCAGAUCCCUGAAGGAUCCUCCACCCACCAGGGACUGGACCACGGUGGAGGUCCGUCCUCCGUCAUACGUAGGGACCUUGAGGAGAUCCCUGGAUCAGCUGGAGGAGACACUGAACAUGGAGAUGAAGAAGCUGUUUGAUGAUGCUGUACUGAAGAGGGUCCAGCAGUAUGAAGUAGAUGUGACUCUGGAUCCUGAUACAGUUCAUCCCAAGCUCAUCCUGUCUGAGGAAGGGAAACAAGUACAUUGUGGAGGCGUAGCAAAGGUACUCCCAGACAACCCUAAGAGAUUUACAAAGUCUACAUUGGUUCUCACAAGGCAGAGCUUCUCCUCAGGGAGAUUUUACUUUGAGGUACAGGUUAAAGACAAGACUGCAUGGUGGUUAGGAUUGGUCAGAGAGUCCAUCGACAGAAAAGGUGAGACCACAUGGACCCCUGAGACGGGUUACUGGACUCUUUUCUACUACAAGGAUAGCUUUGUAUUUAUAGAUAACCCUCCUCUCUGUCUCCCUCUGAGAGCUGGGCUCCAGAAGGUGGGGGUGUUUGUUGAUUAUGAUGAGGGUGUGGUCUCCUUCUAUGAUGUGGAAGCCAGGGUUCAUAUCUACUCUGCUACUGGCUGCACCUUCAGUGAGCCUCUCUAUCCAAUCCUCUACCCAGGUCCCCGUUGUUAUGAAGGUAACAACUCUGCCCCCCUGAUCAUCUCACCUGUCAAUCAAACAGACUAGGACCUUUGUUUGAUAAUAAAACAAAGAAACAACCAAAACAACUAAUGUUGUUUGCUGAAUUAGAAUCUCUACUAUGUGAGAUCUGAGAGAACUGCUUUAAUGUCGUACUGCUGACAUUUCCUUCUACAUUAUCUUUUUAAGUGAUCUUUUCACUGGAAUCGGUACAAUCCAGUCCAACAGUGUUUUGUAGAAAUACUUUCUCUCAGUGGGAGACAAAAAAUAAAUUAGUUUGUUGACAAAAUCCAUAUUUUGAUCAUUUUGAGAUUGCUAGGAUGUUUAAAAUCACUGCAAAUUUGUAAACUUCUUUCAUUUUUUAACCAGUAAUUGACUUAAUCUCCACCAUACAACAACCCCUCAUACAUUACACACUUAAACAAAGCUCACGGUGGCUACAUGUAAAGAUUCUCCCAAUGUGUGUGAGUACCGUGACUUUGUCUUGUCAGCUCUCCUCUCCUCUCCAUCCUCUUCUCUCUCCUCUCUCUCCUCUUUCUUCUCCUCCUCUCUCUUCUCCUCCUCUUCUCUCUCUUCUCUCUUCUCCUCCUCCUCUCUCUUACCUCUGCUCUAGUCUGUAACUCAGAUUGUGUUCAUUAUUGUCGUACAUUACAUUACUUAUGGUCUAAAUAAGUCUCCAAGUGUGUCGUUAGUCGCCUUUCAGAAAUAAAGGCACUCAUAGGAUCAAAGAUACGUGCACAACUGUUAACGAUCUGUAAUGUUUGGUACUAUUCUUUAGUCAUUCUGUUUAUGAUGUACUUGUAAGUGACUAUUGUUCAGUUAUGUUUGUUGUUAAAGCAUAAUGGUAAUAAACAACUCAGUCCAACCCA